UCAGUGCUCUCGCCGAUGUGUACUCGCCACUGCUGCGGCCGCUGCUGCUGUUCGGAGUAUAUAUACGCGCGCUCAUUAUUGGCGCGCAAAAUCUUUGUUUGAUCGAGACUCUCGAGUUGUGUGCUACUAUUUGAAGAUAAAAAGGAUUUUUGUUCCUCGCGAUGUAUUAUCAGCCCUUACCGGCGCUACUGCUGAUAAUUUCGGCGUUCGCGGCGAUGGCGCCGCGGCUGGUCGACGCCAAAGUUUUCCUCGACGACAGUAACAUGAUGAAGGGAAGAAUCACCGGUGGUGAUUACGCGCCCAUCACUCAAGCUCCCUAUCAGGCACAAAUCGUUCAGCAGGGCCAAACCAUUUGCGGCGCCGCGAUCAUUUCGGCCGAGUGGCUGGUCUCCGCCGCUCAUUGUUUCGGAGAUACAUACGGCAUUUACGUGAUCACCGGAUCGACGUUCCGAGGCAGAGGCGGCAGGCGACACCUCAUCGAUAGGGUCAUCAUACAUCGCAAUUACGACGAGGUCACCAACGAUCACGACAUCUGCUUGGUCAAGCUGAGCACGCCGAUCAAGUUCAACGAGUAUCAAAGGCCCGUGCCGAUCUCGAAAACGCCACCCAAACCCGGCGACACAAUGAUCAUUUCCGGUUACGGCAAAGUGGCUGAACGCCGUGGAGCCUCGCCCAUGCUGAAAAUCGCCGACGUGCCGAUCGUCGAUCAGGCCACCUGCGCCAAGCGCUACAUCAACGACCCCAUCACCAACAACAUGUUCUGCGCGGGCAGAGGCGGCAACGACGCCUGCCAGGGCGACUCGGGCGGGCCCGGGGUCAUCGACGACAAGCUCGUCGGCGUCGUCUCGUCGGGCAUGGACUGCGGCUCGACCUUCUAUCCGGGCAUCUACACGCGCGUACACAGGUACGCCGGUUGGAUACAGCAGCACACGGGUGUCGCGCCCAAGUCCUGAUCUCGCGCUUAGGAAAAGUCGUGUGGCGAUCGGGACAAAAAAAAAGUUCGUACUUAUUGUAACAACAGCACGUGCGCGCAAUCCGAUUGAGUAUUGCGUACGCGCGCGUGAGUGCAUGAGUUUGUAUGAAAUGUAAUGUAUGUAUGUAUGCACGUGUGUGUGUGAGUCUUGAAUAAUUUAUCAAAAAUUAUUCUACCGAUUCUGCUUUAUUGUGUGCGCGAGAGGAUAUAAUUGACGCGAGUGUGACUAUGAAUCAAACGAUUAUGUGAUACAAACGCGUACGGAGUGCGAGUGCGUGUCCACGAGUGCGAGUGUGUGUGUAUGUAAAGUAUAAAGUAUCAUCCUCUUUCUGAGCUGUACUCUAUACGUGCGGGCUUAUGUAAUUUUUUAUAUUAGCGAUCUUCGCGCGCCAAGAAGAUAGAGAUAAUACAAUGCGAUACGACGUGCCUCUAUUAUAUCUUAGAAGAACAAAAAGGAAAAAAAAAUUAAUAUGUAUUUAGUCACUCGGUUGUAAAUUAUUUCAAUUUUAACACUCAUAUUCACUGCAUCGCAAGCUUUCCUUCGCAAUUCGACGACGCGACCACCACUCGAAUCUCACCGCGGAAUCGGCGCGCGAGCUCAUACUAUGCCAUUAAAAAGUCACUCGACUAUCCGUAUCUUGUCUGUGAUUAUGUAAAAAAAGAAGAAGAAGAAGAAGAAACAAUAAAAAAAAGAAGGAUAUUAUUCAUCGAUUCGAGAUUGUGCACUUUUAUAACGAUCGCUGUACAAAACGUAUGGCUUUUCGCGAGAUUAGUCAAUAUAUGACUCGUUACAAGCACGAUAAUAACGUGUACAGUAUAUCGUGUAAAAUAAUUGCCACACGUGUUAGCGUUGGCGACGUUGAAAAACAACACAAAAAAAAAAUAAGGAUAAAAAGAAGAAGAUCCGUCCGAUCGUAUUCCUCGAUAACAGCUGUUCAGUACCGUCUCCGCGGCUUAUGUAAACCGUAUAUUUUAUUAUUUAUAUUUUCUUCGACACCACUGUACAUUUAUAAACGCCGUUAUACUUAUAUAGCGACACGUGCCUUACAUAAGUGCAUUUUUAUUUUUAUUUUCCUACUUUUUUUUAUCAGGUUUACCCGACACAAGUGUGCACUGCGGGUAUAUAUUAUUAAACGUUCCAGUUUUUUCCACGGAGUGUCUUCUCGACACACCAGGAUAUAUGCAUGCGCAUUUGUUUUACUAUGCCGUACAUCAUAUAAGCCGAGCUACGAGGACGAAGAGAGGCUUUUUUUUCAUUCAAGUGGUAUAUCGAUAUUGAAUUUGACGUUGCAUAUACACACCAUAUUGGGGACGAAUAAAGGUACUCGCGGGAAAUUCGCGCUGAGAGAGAGAGGAUGAAAAGUAUGGUAAGAGAAAAAAUGUAUCUCGGAAAGUCAACGUCAUUGCCCAAAGCACUUCGGAUGUGUGUAGCGCGCCUAUUUAUUAUGUCAUGAGUGUUCGAGUGUGCAUACAUUUUUUAUAUCUCCGUAUUACAAAUUGUAUACGACUUUGUAUUGUAUAUUUUAUACUUUGUUAUCCGCUAUGUGCAAUAAAUAAUGUUCUCGUGUUUGUUGUCGUCGUCUGCUCGAGACAGCCGCACCAAAAGAGAGAUAGAAAAAAUAGAAAAUAUAUGCAGGUAAAAUUGAA